CCUACCCAUCAGGGCCAAUCCAGUCAUAUCUGCUCAGUCGUGCAGCACAGUAGGGGCGGGGUAGAGAAGUGGGAGGUGGGCUUUUAGGCAGCAAAGGAAAGAGAUGAGAGUUGCCAUUUUGCUGUUGAGCGCCAAGAGAGAAAGAGCACGUAUUUCUCCGUGGGACACUCCUCGUAUUGGUGGGUGAGAAAUGGGCGACUGGAGUUUCCUGGGGAACAUCUUGGAGGAGGUGAAUGAGCACUCCACCGUCAUUGGCAGAGUCUGGCUCACCGUGCUUUUCAUCUUCCGGAUCCUCAUCCUUGGCACGGCCGCAGAGUUCGUGUGGGGGGAUGAGCAAUCCGACUUCGUGUGCAACACACAGCAGCCUGGCUGCGAGAACGUCUGCUACGAUGAGGCCUUUCCCAUCUCCCACAUCCGCCUCUGGGUGCUGCAGAUCAUCUUCGUCUCCACCCCGUCCCUGAUGUACGUGGGGCACGCGGUGCACUACGUCCGCAUGGAGGAGAAGCGCAAAAGCCGCGAGGCGGAGGAGCUGGGCCAGCAGGCGGGGACUAACGGUGGCCCGGACCAGGGCAGCGUCAAGAAGAGCAGCGGCAGCAAAGGCACCAAGAAGUUCCGGCUGGAGGGGACCCUGCUGAGGACCUACAUCUGCCACAUCAUCUUCAAGACCCUCUUUGAAGUGGGCUUCAUCGUGGGCCACUACUUCCUGUACGGGUUCCGGAUCCUGCCUCUGUACCGCUGCAGCCGGUGGCCGUGCCCCAAUGUGGUGGACUGCUUCGUGUCCCGGCCCACGGAGAAAACCAUCUUCAUCCUGUUCAUGUUGUCUGUGGCCUCUGUGUCCCUCUUCCUCAAUGUGAUGGAGUUGGGCCACCUGGGCCUGAAGGGGAUCCGGUCUGCCUUCAAGAGGCCGAUAGAGCAGCCCCUGGGGGAGAUUCCUGAGAAAUCCCUCCACUCCAUUGCUGUCUCCUCCAUCCAGAAAGCCAAGGGCUAUCAGCUCCUAGAAGAGGAGAAAAUAGUUUCCCACUAUUUCCCCUUGACCGAGGUUGGGAUGGUGGAGACCACCCCACUGUCUGCCAAGCCUUUCAAUCAGUUCGAGGAGAUCAGCACAGGACCCCUGGGGGACUUGUCCCGGGGCUACCAAGAGACACUACCUUCCUACGCUCAGGUGGAGGCGCAAGAAGUGGAGGGCGAGGGGCCGCCUGCAGAGGAGGGAGCCGAACCCGAGGUGGGAGAGAAGCAGCAGGAAGCAGAGAGGCUGACCACAGAGGAGCAGGAAAAGGUGGCCGUGCCAGAGGGGGAGAAAGUAGAGACCCCCGGAGUGGGGAAAGAGGGUGAAAAAGAAGAGCUGCAGUCAGAGAAGGUGUCAAAGCAAGGGCUGCCAGCUGAGAAGACGCCUUCACUCUGUCCAGAGCAGACAACAGAUGAUGCCAGACCCCUGAGCAGGCUGAGCAAAGCCAGCAGCCGAGCCAGGUCAGACGAUCUAACCGUAUGAAGUGAUGCCAAAGGAAAAAAAACGCCCAAGCUUACAUAGGGCAAGAUGAAAGGAAAAGGUGCCAACAUGAUCUGAAUCUUCUGUCUCCUGUCCUCGCACCAGCCCCUGGUGGGACAGGCACUGCAGCAGGGCAGUGCAUGCCAUGCAACUCUGGGAAACAGUCUUUCCCACAUCCAGCAUAAGGGCUACCAAGAUAAACCCAUCGACCCACUAAAGUUCCCCAGUCUCAUAGGACUACCUGCUUCCUCCAACCCCAACAGCUAUGGGGGACUCUUCUUUCAUCCCUGUUUCUCCAUAGAAACCCUUAAAUCGGAAUUGGGGUUGCCUCAUAGCAUUUUACCAGUCUUGUCUCAAGCUCACUAAGCCAGAGUCUAUCAUCCCAGCAUUUCUGAAGCAGAUACCAUGUGACCAUAUUUCAGGGAUCCAGACUCAAAAGCCUACAGAAUACAGACAGGUGACUUAAGUUGUAAGGCAGGCCUGUUCUAAUGCAAGGGAGAGAAUGGGGCUGUGAAAGCUGGAGAGCAGGGGCAGCUGCUGCUCACUUCCAGACAAUGAGUACCAUGAAGCGUUACCUGGUCUUUCUGAUUUUUCAAGGGAGGCCAGAAAUCCAACCUUUUUUUUAGACAGGCUCUCUGUUGCCCAGGCUGGGGUGCAGUGGCACAAUCUCAGCUCACUGCAGCCUCAACCUCCCAGGCUCAAGUGAUCUUCUCACCUUAGCCUCCCAAGUAGCUGGGACUAUAGGCACACACCACCACACCCGGCUAAUUUUUGUAUUUUUUGUAGAGAUGGGGUUUCACCAUGUUGCCUAGGCUGGUCUCAAACUCCUGGGUUCAAGUGAUCCACCCACCUCAGCCUCCUAUAAUGCUGGGAUUACAGGUGUAUGCCACCGUGCCUGGCUCAUGAAAUCUAAAUUUUAAUUGAAAUUUUCAAAACUGUUAAUGUUGGCAACUAAAUUUUAAAUACAACAUGUGGACCAAAUGAAAUAUGUGCAAGCCACAUUUAACCUGUGAGGCACCAAUUUGCAAUAUCAGCUUAUGCUAAUUAGCCCAGCUUUCCUAUGGAAUUGGUCUUAUUAUUUAUGGUCUCAACUUGUUUCUGUGGCUCCCAAACCUUAUUUUACUACUUUGGAGUGUUUUGUUUAAACCAUCAGUCCAGGAGAUAUCUAGAGUUCUCACUGACCAUUCUUUUGGGUCAUUGUAACCCCUGGGUUCUGAAGCAAUGAUAUGCUUUGUAUUGGUGGGAAUUCUGCCCUGGGUACCAUCAGAGAAAGAGAGCAAGUUGCCAAAACUCUCUCUGUGAAAUCAAAAGGCUUUGAGGCCUGCUUGUAGUUUUUUUUUUUUCCUGAAGCAAAGAAGACCCUUUCUUUACUCCCCUCUUGCAGCUUCAGUGCUCAGCCUAAAAUCUAUACCUUUUUUCAUUAGGGACUAGAAGCAAGCCCAGUUUUGAGCUGAAGGACAUCUGCUCACAGGCAUGUCCUGGGAAGAGGCAGCUCUCAGGCCUUGUUCAGGCACAAGACAUGAUCAAAGGGCCAUCAGAGUGGCACCAGACGGAGCCUCUCACAAAGUGGGUGCUCACACAGCCAGGAUCCCAAAGUGGAGUCUCAGGCCAAGCUUCAUCCCUGGAAAGGACACAGAGGCUAAAUGGAACAAGAAGAAUCUUGAAGGGCUCCUGUCCUCAUAUUCCCACAACUCACCCUCCGCAAACAGAGUCUAUUCAGGGGAAAUCCUCAUGUACACGUACAUAUUUCAUACCAGGAGCAAUAUUACCCUCAGCCAAUCGAUUUCCAGAGCAGGGAGAGAAAACUAAGAUGGUUCACCUAAAGCAACACUAUGCAUCAUGGACUGCAGUGCCAAAGAUAGAGUAGGAGGUAUAGAAACCAAGUUGACGUGGCAGGGACCUGGGCAGGAGACCAGCAAGGAGCCCAAAAGAGAUACUUAGAAAAACUGCCUUUGUUGUAUCUUCCCAACCCCGAUCAGCAUCAUCUCAAAGUAUAUCAAUCCCCUUUGCUGCCCUCUGGUUACCACCUUCCUUUUAAUAUAUUCAUUCAAGAUAUACCUUUCCAAAGCAGGCCUUUUCCAAAACUAUUCCUCCCCCUUGGCAAAAUUUCUAUUCCUUGGUGACCCAUUCUAAAGCAAAGUAGUCUAAAAAUUAAAUUCAUUCUAAGGUUUGAUUGUUUGGUAACUACUCCUGGGAAAAAUUGCAUUUAAAAGAGAAAGACUGAAAUAUAUUUUUACCUAGGUAGCCCAAAGUGACAAACCUUCAGUGGAGGGAUGUUGGAUAGAAGAGGUAUGUUUAUCUUGGAGACACGUGAUAUUCUGGCUACUGCUUGAUCUUACCCCUAGCAGGCAACGUUAUUCCACACAGGCUUUCUCCUAUAUGGUGAGAGAAUUAACACAAUCCAAGGCCUGAGAACCAGAGAGUGCAUACUUGACCCUAAUGGCUGCACUAUUGCUCCCAUAGUUUUGUUCCUGAAGACACAUUUUAGGAAGAGACUUAUGAAUACUUGAUCAUUACCGGAAUACAGUGUCUAUCUCGACUAGAGCCUAAUAUAAAAAAGAAGAAGAAAAACAAUAUCCUGUUCUAAGUAAAACUGCUGUUUAGUACCAGCUGUAGAAAUGAGGGCUACAGGUCUCCUUGUCUCAGGUGGGACAUAAGUGUGUGAGUGAGUGUCUUUCCUCAGAUGAAGCAGAAUCCUGCUUCAAUGCACGUACCCACACUGUCCUCACAUUUUCCCUCUUAGUCUUCCCAGUAAAAGGAGAAGCUUAUUUAGGAAGAAAGACACAGGCAUCAAGGGGCUGCAUUCUUUUUUCUAUUUCUGCCAUUUAGUAGCUGUAUCAUUAUUGUGCCUUGAGCUCUCUGUACUUCAGUUUUCUGUCUACAAACUAGAGCUGGCAUUUGCCACCUAUCUACAUCCAGGGGUGUCAUAAAGAUUGAGUUGGCUGCCAAGCAUGAAGCCUGCUGAGUGGUACCAUUCCCUGAGAGAUUCCUCCAACAGCAGCGAGACUGGGAAGAAGGGCAAGUGGAUGGUUUCCAUCUGUCCCCCCAACCUGCCUCGUAGUUACCUGGUGAGUUUUUCAACGUGAAAUAGACACUCCAGAGAUCACUUUUCUCAGAAGAGAUUCAAAACAGAAUCUUAACCCCAUAUGUUUAGUAGGAACCUGAGGCUCACUGACCUUAAGAAAUGACUGGAGACAGAUUGCCAAUUACUUUCAUCCUCUGAGAAAGAGGUCCCAUCUUAAGCCGCCACACAAACGCAGCCAGUUUCCAUUCAGAAGCAGGUGCAUGCUUUGUAUUGGUGGGAAUGGUAGUCCUUACUCUAGGCAGCUGCACCCCUCAGCAUCUGUUUUGAGGCAAAUAAUUAUGACUGACUCAGGAUUAUAAUCCCCAUGGGCUUCAUUAUGUCCAGAUUUCAUUUCUACUCCUAGUCAGCCGCUUGUUAGAUAAAAACCCUAGGGCACAUGGACCUACCAAUAAAAAGAUGCAUUAGACAGCGGGACAUCAGUAGUACAGCUCCCUCCAGAGGAAAAGGGCUAAUCACUUGAUAGCAGUUCUAACACUGCCAUCAGGGGAUAUCUGCGACCAAGGAUAGAGGUACUCAAAGUUCAGUGAGACAGUUUUGAGCCUGGCUGUGUAAACCCUGGCCUAGUGUUUCAGGC